UCAGUCUCCCGAAAGGUUUGCGGGAAGUACGGUGGGCAGAGCUUGCAAUGGCCGAGCCGCCGCCUCCAGUGAGGGGGCUUCGCGAGGCGCUGGAGGCUCACUUGCAGGGCCUGGGCAUCCAAGCACUCAGCGUGGAACAUCCCGAAGUAUUUACAGUUGAAGAAAUGAUGCCUUAUGUACAACACUUAAAUGGAGCUCACAGCAAAAACCUUUUCCUUAAAGAUAAGAAGAAAAAAAGCUUUUGGCUGGUGACAGUUCUGCACGAUCGACAAAUCAAUUUAAAUGAUUUGGCAAAGAAACUGGGUAUUGGGAGUGGGAACCUGCGUUUUGCUGAUGAAGCAGCCAUGUUGGACAAGCUGAAAGUUGGCCAAGGAUGUGCAACCCCCUUAGCUCUUUUCUGCGAUCAGGGAAAUGUGAACUUUGUUUUGGAUGCUGGCUUUCUGGAAGGAGGUCACGAUAGGAUUUAUUUUCACCCAAUGACUAAUGCAGCAACUAUGGGCCUGCACCCAGAUGACUUCCUAAAAUUUCUGAAGUCCACAGCACAUGAACCCAUAAUUGUGCAUUUUGAUGAAAGCCACAAAUAGUUUUUUAACCCAAUAGAGUACCUAGGUUGGAACUUGCAUGUAUAACUAUAUGCUACAUUCAGAGAGGUUUUCUGAAAUGGAAGUCAUCAUUGGAAAAUCACAGAGGUAGAUCUCCACUCCUUUUAGUGCUGAGAUUUAUGAUUAAUUCAUUCAUGAUUUAUAAGAUUAGAAAAAUGUGCUCUUUGUGCACUUUGUAUGUUUUGUCUUGUUUCCUUUUAAAAAAAAUUAAAUUUAAAUUAUGGUUUUAA